AUGUCACCUAAUUUUUUAGGUUAUUCUAUUCCUUUUUUGAUUUUUUUUGUAUUUCUUCAUUUUUGGUCACUUUUAGUAGUUUUCACUGUUUUCAGCAAAGAAAACAUUAUAAUUUAAACUUUCUUUUACUUUUUCGGCCCAAUCCACAAAAAAAUAGGCAUUUUUAAGGCGUAUCCUCUUGCUAUAUAAUUAGCUUAUUGAAAUACAUAAGUUCUAAAGUGAAAUCAAAUGGAAGUAAAACAAGGAAAUAGCGAGGAAACAUGUAAAAUAGAAAUAGAAGAGUCUAAUGACUUAGAUGAUGCUCUUUUGGAUGGAUUUAAAUGUGAAAUUCAGGAAGAUUCUAAUAGGCAAAAUACUACUUAUGACACAUAUGAUUAUUUAGACUUAAAGGAACAUCCUAUAAAUACUGAAAUACAACAUGAAAAUAAGCUUAACCCAUUUGAAGAAAACCAAAAAACUGAAAAAGGUUAUCUAGAAGAGGAAAACAAAAUGGAAUUUGUGGAGACACUAAUUGAACAUUCAUCUUACGAAGCAAAUUAUAUAAGUCCACAGGCUGAAGGAAAAACAUUAAAUCAAAAUAUAAAAGUUACGUCUGGAGAAAAACCUUACAAGUGUGAACAAAGUUUGAAGCAGUUUUCCCAGAAAAGUAAAUUGGGAAAUCAUUUAAGAAUGAACAGUGGAGAUAAACCUUACACAUGUGAAAUUUGCUUUAAACAGUUUGGUGUCGCACAGGUUUUAAAACAACAUAUAAGAACACACACUGGAGAAAAACCUUACAAGUGUGAAAUUUGUUUUAAACAGUUUACCCAAGCAGGUUCAUUGAAAACACAUUUAAGUGUGCACACUGGGGAAAAACCUUACAAGUGUAAAAUUUGUUUUAAACAGUUUAGCCAAGCAGGUUCGUUAAAAACACAUUUGAAAGUGCACACUGGGAAAAAAACUUACAAGUGUGAGUUGUGUUUUAAGCAGUUUUCUCGAAUUUACAGGUUCAAGAAUCAUUUAAGGGUGCACACAGGAGAAAAUCCUUACAAGUGUGAAAUUUGUUUUAAACAGUUAAGAGGAGUAGGUUCUUUGAAAAAUCAUUUGAGAGUGCAUACUGGAGAAACACCUUAUAAGUGUGAAAUUUGUUUUAAACAGUUUAACCAAGCAACUUCAUUGAAAACACAUUUGAGCGUGCACACUGGGGAAAAACCUUACACAUGUGAAAUUUGUUGUAAACAGUUUAGCCAAGCAGGUUCGUUGAAAACACAUUUGACAGUGCAUACUGGGGAAAAACCUUACAAGUGUAAAAUUUGUUUUAAACUGUUUAGCCAAGUAGGUUCAUUGAAGACACAUUUGAGCGUGCACACAGGGGUAAAACCUUACAAGUGUGAAAUUUGUUUUAAACUGUUUAGCCAAGCAGGUUUAUUGAAAACACAUUUGAGAGUGCAUACUGGGGAAAAACCUUACAAGUGUGAAAUUUGUUUAAAGCAGUUAAAAGGAUUAAGUACUUUAAAAAAUCAUUUGAGGCUGCACACUGGAGAAACACCUUACAAGUGUGAAAUUUGUUUUAAACUGUUUAGCCAAGUAGGUUCAUUGAAGACACAUUUGAGUGUGCACACAGGGGUAAAACCUUACAAGUGUGAAAUUUGUUUUAAACUGUUUAGCCAAGCAGGUUCAUUGAAAACACAUUUGAGAGUGCAUACUGGGGAAAAACCUUACAAGUGUAAAUUUUGUUUUAAACAGUAUAGCCAAGUAGGUUCUUUGAAACAACAUUUGAGAAGAUUGCACACUGGUGAAAAAAUGUACAAGUGUGAGACAGUUUCAAGCUAGUGCUCUGAAACUACAUAUAAGAUCACAUACUGGAGAAAAAUCAUAGAAGUUUGAACAGUGUUUUGAAUGGAGGUAAUAUUUGGUGUAUAGCGUUAUUGUAAUAAAGCUGAUAAAUUGUGCAACAAAAUCAAAUG